AUGGACGACAGUAUCUACGUUAACAUCGAGGAUGAACGUUUGGAUGGUAAUAGUUUAGAAUUCAUAACGAAAAACGUUUCAACAUUAAUUUUUACAAACGGAGAUGAUCAGAAACCUGAAAGUGAAGUUGUUGAGUUUAUGGAGGAACUUUUGAGAACAGAACUUAAGAAUUUGAUGGAUCGAGCUGUAGAAAGAACUUCUGAAUUUGGGUAAGGUAGUAAUUGACUUAAUUGUAGCUUUUUAGGCGGCGUAACGUCAAGUUUUGUGAUGUCUUGUGGUGUCUGAAGGAUCAAACUAGACUUUUGAUGCGAUUGUUCAAAUUCUUGAAGGAAAGGGACGAAAUUCAGUUGUUGGAGUGUUUGAGUGAUAAUGGAAAAAAGAGAAGGUAAGAAAUUUUUGAUUGUCUUUUAUUUUAGGUAAUUAUUCCGAAAACACUGUGCUUUUGGACUGUUUGUGGUGUUUCUUGUAAAAUAGCACGUGUAUUUAAAAUAUUAUGGGUAUUUUAAAAAAUUUUGCAGACUAUUACUUAAUUUUUCAGUUUUGAACAUGUCUUGGAUGCCUUGGACUCUUUGGCCGAGCAGUUUCCUCACCUAAAACAAGUCGCAGAAUCUGUGGAUACUUAUGUAGAAGACGCAGAAAAAUCCCAACGAAUGGAGCGAAUUGUAGAACAUCUUCAGGCACUGGAUUCAGAUGCAUACAUCGAGUUCAGCAAGGCCCGACGAGUGUCUUUGUGCAAAAACCGCCGAGCGCUGAGUGAAUGGUUAUGCGUGACGCAGCCAUUAGAUGCCGAGCUGAUAAUUGUCUUGAAUUUUCUUGCUUCUGAAGUUGUGGCCGAAAUGGUCGAGAACGCAUUCAAGUGUAAGCUGGAGGAAGCGGCCGUUCCGGGCAAGGACACGAGUUCCCCCCUUUGCCUAAAGUUUUACAAAAUGGCACUCAAGAGGAAUAAAGGACACCUGGAUACCGGUUUUGUUUUAAUUUAG